AUGAUUUCAAGAGCGCUGCUGAUAGCGCUAUAUAGUACGUUAGUGACGUCACUGACGCCAUUAGCGCCCUUGGCGGCUCCUGGAGAUGACGACUGCGCUCUGUACCUCACAGGACCUGGACGUUCAUCGGCCUAUGACUAUAGCCUAAAUCUGUUGAAAGGAAACUUUGCGUAUGAUGGCCAACACACUUGCAUCACCUACGAGGCUAUUAACCAAGCCUAUCUCGACGCCAGAUCAAGGAUAUUGGUGUCUCAACCGAAAGGAGACUGGCAUGCUGAAGAUUUCGCGAGCGUGGGCGAACUUAUUCUUGACAUUUCUAUCAGCUUGGCGCGAACAUACGGCUUAACGUACGAGGAGAUAGAGAAAGGUCUACCACUUAUAGACACAUCGCGAACUUUGAUUCGGGAAGUGUGUCCACCUGUUUUCUCUCACGUUGAAUGCCGAGCCGGGAAAUAUAGGAGACUGGAUGGCCUCUGUAACAAUCUGCACCAUCCAACAUGGGGAGCCACCAUGGCUCCUUUCCAAAGGUUGAUUGGUCCACUUUUCGCUGAUGGCAUCAACGCACCAAGAAUCGCCCAUACUGGUCGAGACCUGCCUUUAUCUCGUGUUGUCUCUAGAACCAUGCAUCAAGAUGAGGGCUACCAUGACCAUGCGGGCACUGUGAUGGUCAUCGCCUGGGGGCAGUUUAUGGACCACGAUUACACGCUUACUGGAACACCUUUGGACCCCAUAAACCGUAACGACCCAGAAGAGUGUUGCAAGCGUCCACAACACCUGAAACAUCCUUACUGCAAUGAGAUCAGGAUACCAGAUGACGACUACUUCUACCGUCUGUUCGGAGUGAAGUGCAUCGACUUCGUCAGAGGUUUCCCUUCGCCUAGACCUGGCUGUAAACUUGGUUCAAGAGUCCCGUUCAACACCCUGACUGGUGCUAUUGAUGGAAACACAGUAUACGGUGUUACGGAGAAGUUUGCAAGAAAACUAAGAACCGGUUACGGAGGUCUGCUACGAAUGAACCCUGUCUUCAAGGAAUACGGGCUGAAGGAUUUAUUACCACUAAAACUCGAUAUUCCAGAUGAAGGCUGCACAAGACCUAAUAAGAAUAUGUACUGCUUUGAAGCUGGUGAAAUCCGUGUAAACGAGCAGUUGGUACUAACAGUGAUGCACACUCUUAUGGCCCGAGAGCACAAUCGAGUAGCCAAAGGCCUAGCUGGAGUGAACCCUCAUUGGGACGAUGAAACACUCUUCCAAGAAGCAAGAAGGAUAAAUAUAGCCGAAAUACAGCACAUCACCUACAAUGAAUUCUUGCCAAUACUGCUAGGAAAGGACGUUAUGGAGAAAUUUGGUUUGGUGCUUGAAAAGCAGGGUUACUGGGACGGAUACGAUCCCCACGUCAACCCGGAUGUCAUCGAUUCCUUCGCAUCAGCUGCCUACAGAUUCGGACAUUCAUUAUUGCCAACAGCUGUGGAAAGAUGGUCCAAGGCCCACAAGUUUAUUGCGUCAAAACGUCUAUCUGACCUGAUUCGAAGACCUUACGACCUGUACAGAGCUGGUGUUCUUGACGAAUACGUCAUGGGUCUAAUGAACCAAGUGGCUCAGGCUAUGGACGACUCUAUUACCCAGGAAGUAACUAACCAUCUUUUCAAGAAGGUCGGUGCACGGUUUGGAAUGGAUCUGGUCUCGUUCAACAUGCAGAGAGGUAGAGAAUUCGGUAUCCCCGGUUACAUGGAGUACAGAAAGUUCUGUGGUCUAUCCGAUGCUAGCAGAUUCGAGGAUCUGUUCGGGUCUAUGCCGAAUGAGACUUUGAGGAAGUACGAAACGAUAUUUGAGCAUCCGAUCGACAUAGAUUUGUGGUCGGGUGGAGUUUCUGAGAGGCCUCUCCGUGGGUCUAUGUUGGGACCGACCUUCGCUUGCAUUAUUGCUACGCAGUUCUCUUAUUCGCGACGUGGUGAUAGAUUCUGGUUCGAAUUACCAAACCAACCGUCAUCCUUUACAUCGGAACAGUUGGCAGAGAUAAGGAAGUCUCGAUUGGCCCGCGUCAUCUGUGACAAUACAGAUAUCAUUGACACAGUCCAGCUCUACCCAAUGGUCCUGCCCGAUCACGAAUUGAACCCAAGAGUACCUUGCAGAAGUGGCAUAUUACCGUCCAUGGACUUCUCCAAAUGGGCCGAACCCGUUCCCUUCGCUGGAGCCGCUAAGCAAUACAUAACGGACGCAAUCGUAUUAAAUGUUACCGAGAAUAAUACGCUAGAUAAUAACACUAUGUGUAAAAAUAUUACUCUAAUAAGAAAUAAUAACACCCACGCUGAAUACGUAUGCAGAGAAAUGACAGUAGUAGAGAAAAAAGAAAAUAAUUUACCUAAAACAGGCUUUAAUGAUAAGGUAAAAAGUGAAAAGGCAAAGGAACACAAACCUCUCGAAUCACCGAAAAAUAAUGAACUUAAUUCAGUAUUUAAAAAAAGUACAGGGCCUAAAAAUAACAUGUUAAGGAAAAAAAGAGACGCCCCAUUAAUUUACGAUUAUGUUACAAAUCAUACGCCCGGAAGUGGGAAUUUAGAAAGGGAAGUUAUUAAAAAAACAAAUUUAGCUGAUUUUAAUAUAAAAACGCUACAUAAUCCACAAGAUAAGAUUGAUUCGCAAGAAAUACCUUUUACAAAAGAAGUUAUUAGGGACGAAACAUCUGAGAGUGAUAGUAAUAAUGCAAACAACGAUUUUAAGAAAAACAGUCGUAACAUAGAUGAAACUUCUGAAGAAUACAUUACCGGAAGAAACAAAAACAUCAAUAGAGAAAAACUUUAUAAAGAACCGUAUUUAAAUAAAAAUAAAGAUAAUAUCGAUGUAAAUGUUAGAGAAAAUGGGUCGGAUGAAAAAAUUAAUACAAAGAAUGCUCAAGAAAUAGAUGAAAGUGGUGAAAAUUAUAACAGAGGUAUCUCUCGAAGCAAUGAAAACUAUGAAGAAGUUGAAAGACCAUUUACUGAUUAUUCUAAACGAGACGAACCAAGCGUAGAAGAUAAUGAUAAACAGACAUACUCUAAAAGUAAUUUAGGAAACUCUGAUAUAAACAUUAGUUCUAGUGAAAAUGAAAACAGUCGAGAGCUUUCUAAAAAACAUUUUGAAAAAAAGGAACCCUCUCCGGCAUCAUAUGAAAACGAUUCCUCAGAAAUUGUUGAUAGUGUGGAAAAUGCUAAAAGCAACCAUGCCAACAACAAUUUGGAUGAAAUUAAUAGUAGUAAAAAAUAUACUGAAUCAGAUGAAAAUCAGUCAGGUGUGACGCAGAACGAAAGCGGAUCCAAAUAUUCUAUAGAUCCUUUGCCACGUAGAGAAAAAAUCCAAACAGAGCAUAGUGAUGAAAAUAGCAACGAAAAUAGUAAUUUAUCUAGUAUUGAAAGUAGCGAACAGUUUAGAGAAAAAACACAUGUGCCUGAAUCACAUAGAGAUAGUGAUGAGAUUAUUCGAAAUAUUACAGAUGACUUUAAUGAUUCAAAACAACUUAAAAAUAGUAAUAAUUAUAAUAGUGGGGAUAGUUUAGAACAAAAUGAUUUAAAUGAAAAAAGAAAUAAUAUUGAUCAAAAUGUAAGUAAUGAAAGUAAUAUAUCGAAUCGAGAAAGUGAUGAAAGUAGUGAACUAAUUAAUAAAAAAGAUAAAACGUAUAACUCUUCAGAUAUUGUUGAUAAUGGUUUUAAGUCCACGUCAAACAAUUCUAAAAUAAGAAACAUUCAAGAUGAUGAAAUAAAACCGGUUAUUGAACUAAAUAAUGAAAGCGGGAGUGAUGAAUCAACCGAAGAAAGUCCAUUAGCAAUUACUACUACUCUCAAUAAUCCUGCAACAAAACUUCAGACAAAUGAUAAAAAAGUUAAUUUAAAGCAACAAGUUGAACGAAUACCUUUGGACUACAAACAUGCCGAUGAUACAGAAAAGACAGACAAAGAGGCCAAUGACCCAAUAGAUGAAAACUUAUACAUCAGAUUAAGCGACAUAGAUUUAAAACUACCCGAAAUUAAACUCCCCGACGAUAUUUUGACAUAUAACUAUGAGGAGCCUACAUAUAAAAGAAAAUCUACAUUCAACCACGAUGAAUCAGAAGAAGAACCACAAAGUAAUAAAAAGUCUCAUCAAUCAUACGAUGGCCGUAACAGAUAUAAAGAUAACUCUGCAAAAUAUAAUAAAAAUUCAGAGAAAUCAGAUGAAGAAGAUGGUGACCAUGAUGAUGAGGAUUUGUACGAAAAAUUUGUUCGUGAAAGAUUCGGAAAGCGGCAUUCUAAAAAAGAUAAGACCGCUAAAUAUAUAUUGCCUAAUAAAGAAUUAUAUAGUACUUUGCAAAAUGUUCUCAAGAAGACAGAAAAAAUUCAACAAGACGCAGAAAAAAGCGGCGAUCCAAAUGCGGGCUAUGCGUGGACUUUGGAAUAUGGACAAAAGUUAUAA